GGUUUCCAGUUUUUGAGGUGAAGCGUCACGUGCGCAAGGCGAUGGAGAAGCGCGUGCUGCAUGGGCUUCGUGGAAGUUUGGCGUUUCUGACUUUGCCCGCUACGUGCGUCGCGGCCGGUCUUGGCGGGUCGGCUGGCCCCUUUGGCAAGAGUGGCGAGCUGUUCGACAACGGCGACGACGGCAAGCGCGACCGAGGGCAUUGCGUCGGGGAGCUCUGGGGCAUCGUCUACGGCGACGACAUCAAGGAGCACGGCGCUGAGAAGGAGCCCGUCGACUACAUCGAGCGCGCGGAGCCUGCGUGCAUCAUCCUGGAGCUUCCCU